AUGCCGCUCGUCCCCUUGCAGUUGCCCAUCCCCCUGCCCCUCGAACCGCUCCAGGGCGCACCCGCCGCCAGCCCGGCAGCCGCAGCCGCAGCGGCGGCGGCGGCCAGGCGGCCGCCUGGCGCGAGUGACUUCGUGAAGGGUGACCCGGUGGCGCAGGACCCGCAUGAGUUUGACUCAUCGAGUGACCUUUUUGUCGACGACUGGGCGGCCGAGGCGCUGACUCAGCUGGCGGGCACGACGGGGUCUGUAACGGCUGCGAGGCAGCUUCUCGCUCAGCGGCUGUUGCCACAGCAUCACCUGCAGCAGCAGCAGCAGCAGCAGCAGCAGCAGCAGCACGCAGCGGCGGCGGCGGCGUUUGCGGGGGCGGCAGGGCGGACGCCCCUGGCGGGGCAGCUGGGGGGCCUGAGCGGGCAGCAGCUGCUGCGGUUGAUGGGGCCGACGCAGCAGCAACAGCAGCAGCAGCAGCAGCAGCAUCAACAGCAGCGGCAGCAGCACAAGCAGCAGCAGCAGCAGCAGCAGCAGCAGCAGCAGCAGCAGCAGCAGCAGCAGCAGAACCAGCAGCAGCAGCAGCAGCAGCAGCAAACAGCGGCCAUGGUGCUGGCGGCGGCGGCGUCGCAGCCGCACGCGCCGGGCCCGAGCGCCCCCGCCGAGCGGCAGGGGCCCCUCGCGCCCGCCCAGCAGCAGCAGAUGGAGGCGGCGGUGGCACGGGUGCUGCAGGACUUCCUGCCGCAGCUGAUAUCCGGGCUGGUGACCCAGGUGGUCACCGCGGUGACGGCAGCGGCGGUCGGCGGCGAGGCGGCGGCGGCGGCGGCAGAGGCGGGCGCGUCCGAGGCGGCAGAGGCUGCGCAGGGGGCCUCGCCCGACGCGCCCCAGGAGCUUGCCGCCGCCGCCGCCGCCGCCGCCGCAGACCCCCCCGCGCCCCCCCAGCCACUGGCCCCGCAGCCGAGCGCGGGGCCGGCGCCCGAGGCGGGGCCUAUGGAGGCUGAGCUGGAGGGCGGGGAGGGGCCGCGCGACGAGGCGGCGGCGCCGGCGCCGAUGGACGUCUGA